AUGUCUUCCGAAAAGAGCCUACCCACGCGCGAGCGCCGCCCCUCAAUGGGUGCUCCAAUUGUCGACAUCGUGGGCUCCGUGGGCCCCGCCGGCAUCUCUCGGCCGAAACACAAGCGUACUUACACUGGGUUCGGAGCUGGUGAUGCCAAAACUGUCGAAGCUUCCAUUCCCGAGCCUCAGCGCGAGGCCUGGACCAAAAACCAAGUCAAGGCCUUCACCGACAAGGACGGCUUCGAGAAGGAGGUAGUUCGUCAUGUCGAAACCACACUCGCCCGCAGUCUCUUCAACUGUGACGAGGGUGCCGCCUACUCGGCUGCAAGCUUGGCCUUCCGUGAUCGCUUGAUUACAGAAUGGAACAAGACCCAGCAACGCCAGACCUCGGCCGACAGCAAGCGUGUCUACUACCUCAGUCUGGAGUUUCUGAUGGGCCGUGCUUUGGACAAUGCCAUACUCAACAUUGGCCUCAAGGACGUUGCCAAGGACGGCCUGAGUGACCUUGGCUUCCGCAUUGAAGAUGUCAUUGAGCAGGAGCACGAUGCUGCCUUGGGCAACGGCGGUCUGGGACGACUGGCUGCCUGCUUCCUCGACAGUCUCGCAUCUCUCGACUACCCGGCCUGGGGUUACGGUUUAAGAUACAGAUACGGAAUCUUCAAACAGGAGAUAAUUAAUGGCUAUCAAGUUGAGGUUCCCGAUUACUGGCUCGAUUUCAAUCCCUGGGAGUUCCCCCGCCACGACGUCACUGUCGAUAUCCAAUUCUUCGGCAACGUCCGCAAGACCCAGGAUGACAAUGGCAAGACUGUGGCACACUGGGAGGGCGGCGAGAUCGUCACAGCCGUCGCAUACGACGUGCCAAUUCCAGGUUACGCUACGCCUUCCACAAAUAACCUUCGGCUGUGGUCGAGUAAAGCUUCCAGCGGCGAGUUCGACUUCCAGAAGUUCAAUAGUGGAGACUAUGAAAGCUCAGUGGCCGACCAGCAGCGAGCUGAGACCAUCAGCGCUGUGCUGUAUCCCAAUGACAACCUAGACAGAGGUAAGGAGUUGCGCCUGAAGCAGCAGUACUUCUGGGUGGCGGCAUCCCUGUACGACAUUGUCCGCCGUUUCAAGAAGUCCAAGCGUGCUUGGAGCGAGUUUUCCGAUCAGGUUGCGAUUCAACUCAACGACACCCAUCCUACUCUUGCCAUCGUGGAACUCCAGCGAAUACUGGUUGACCAGGAAGGCCUGGAAUGGGACGAGGCGUGGAAUAUUGUGACUUCCACCUUCGGCUACACCAACCACACGGUGCUUCCCGAGGCGCUCGAGAAAUGGCCUGUUGGUUUGGUGCAGCACCUUCUGCCGCGCCACCUCCAAAUCAUCUAUGACAUCAACCUGUUCUUCCUCCAAAGCGUCGAGAAGAAGUUUCCCAACGACCGGGAUAUGCUGGCUCGAGUCUCCAUUAUUGAGGAGUCUCAGCCCAAGAUGGUCCGCAUGGCCUUCCUGGCCAUUGUUGGUUCUCACAAGGUCAACGGCGUUGCCGAGUUGCACUCCGAUCUUAUUCAGACUACCAUUUUCAAGGACUUUGUCCAUAUAUUUGGAGCUGACAAAUUCACCAAUGUCACGAACGGCAUCACCCCCCGAAGGUGGCUCCACCAGGCAAACCCACGGUUGUCUGAGCUGAUCGCCAGCAAGACAGGUGGUCACGGCUUCUUGAAGGACCUCACCGAGCUCAACAAGCUUGAGCAGUAUGCUGAGGACAAGGAGUUCAGGAAGGAGUGGGCCGAGAUCAAAUAUGCCAACAAGGUGCGCCUGGCCAAGUACAUCAAGAAGACCCUAGAUAUCACGGUCAACCCUUCGUCUCUGUUUGACGUCCAAGUCAAGAGAAUUCACGAGUACAAGCGCCAGCAGCUCAACAUUUUCGGCGUCAUUCACCGUUACCUGACACUCAAGGCCAUGAGCGCUGAGGAGCGAAAGAAGCAGCUACCGCGUGUGUCCAUCUUCGGUGGCAAGGCCGCGCCUGGCUACUGGAUGGCCAAGCAAAUCAUUCAUCUGAUCAACAAUGUCGGUGCCGUCGUCAACAAGGACCCAGACAUUGGCGACUUGCUAAAGGUUGUCUUCCUGGAAGACUACAACGUCAGCAAGGCUGAGAUGAUCACCCCAGCUUCGGAUCUCAGCGAACACAUUUCGACGGCGGGUACCGAGGCAUCCGGAACCAGCAACAUGAAAUUCGUUCUGAACGGUGGUCUCAUCAUUGGAACCUGUGACGGCGCAAACAUUGAGAUCACUCGUGAGAUUGGCCAGGAGAACAUUUUCCUCUUCGGCACCUUGUCCGAAGACGUCGAGGAUCUGCGCCAUUCACACACGUAUGGCUCUCACUCGGUCGACUCUGACCUCUCCAAGGUGUUCGACACGAUCCAGAGCGGCAAAUUCGGCGAACCUAAUGAUUUCGGCGCCAUGAUUGCCGCCGUUCGUGACCACGGUGACUACUACCUCGUUUCGGACGACUUCCAAAGCUACAUCGACACGCAGAAGAUGGUCGAUGCUGAGUACCGCAACCAGGACGAGUGGAUCACCAAGUGCAUCCGUAGCGUGUCCAGAAUGGGCUUCUUCAGCUCAGACAGAUGCAUUAAUGAGUACGCCGAAGGCAUCUGGAACAUUGAGCCCUUGGUGGUCAAGAACUGA